UGCAAAAAAGCGGAAAAAAACACGCAGAAGAAAGCAACAAUUGCAUUAGUGGCGCUUGAAAGACUGAGACCGCGUCGUGUAAAGAGAGCUCUCCUAGUAUUAUUAGCAGUGUAUCGAAAAUAGGACUCUGCGUUUUUUUGUUGCCUCGAUUAUUGCUCCGGGAAAUCAGCUGGCUGUGCUUUUUAUCGAACGAAUGUUGUGCAAACGGCCCUGCUCUUGCGAUGUACGCGGAACGAAAAUUCGGAACCUCGGCCUAGGGUGUAUCGAUUUUCAGCCAAACAAACAUGGUGACAGAUUGUGCUACGACGGUUGGCUGUGAAAGAAGCGAAGCAAGCCGAUGAAAAACGCUUCUGCCCAGGGCUGUGUGCUGGCAUCCGGGAGAUACCAAUCGAUCCAUCAUGCUCGUCCAUUUAGUGCUAAUUUCGGGGUAGCCAGCUAAAUGUGAUUCGCUUCUUCUCGCGCGUGCACACACACACGCACGCUUCAUACCAUUCCAUCUGCGCACACGGUACGCAUCACCACCGUGUUCGUCAACGACAGAGUGCGAAAGUGCAUCAAAACAAAUGUGAGAAUGUUCGGAAAGCUGCUUAUUAGCUGUUUCCAGUGCAAACAGGCACCAAAUUGCAUAAUGCGAACGGUGUAGUAGAAAGAGCAAACGGAUCCGUGCGCUUGGGUUCUGCAAGCUGGAGGGAAACCUGUAGAAAGCGCAAGGAACGCCUGCCGCAAGGGAAGAAUGCUAAAGGUCAACUUCGCUGUUAUGUUCUGCCGCCCGUGUCAUUGUUACAGUAAUAGUAUUAGCUGCACCCGCCAGAGACAACACUAGUAGCAGCAGCGGUAGCGGUAGUAAUACUAUCGAUAAUGCAGCGCGCAGUACAAUCAGAGAGAGUGGGGUAAUCUGUGGAUGUGUUUUUACGUUUUGCGUCAUAAGCUGCGGAAUCGAACGAAACCCGCAGCAACUCCAGUUCCCAGCUGCGAGCUGGCGCUGCUUUCAUGCCCGGUGGCCAGCGGCAAACGUCACGAGCUUGCAAAGUGUGUGUGUGCGUGUGCUGACGUAGUGUGGGAUAGAGUGUUACCGUAAUAGGCUGGAUGCAGCAGCACCACUCCAGAAGGGCAGGACAGGACCGGGAAAGCAAAUGGUCACCGUAUAUUGUUUCGAUCGCGAGCCGUGAAACGUUCCUAGCGAAGAGAGUCAUGUGCAGCACCGUGCUGCUGUGUUGUUAACCUGUCCACUUUCGGAUCGAAUAGUACAAAAGCUAGUAGUCUGACGAACGUGUGUUCGUCGUAUCCUGUGCAUAGUUUCCCUUGACAACCGUUUCUUCACUGUCAAGCAGCGGCAUGGGAGGCUCGGUUAGCCAAGUGUUCCGUUCUGGCAGUGCGCUGCUUUCGAACCGCGACGGCCACAAAGUAUCGGAAACGACCGUUGAAAAGGUGAACACAAUCUUCGACGCACUCAGGGCAAAUCCAAAGAUAUCGAUUCAGCGGUUAGAACCACUAUUACUACAAAUACCGAAGUACGAAAAUAUACUUGCGAUCCACGAUGAAACGGGAUACAAUUUGCUACAGAAAAGCGUAGGACUUAAUCACGUAGAAUUAGCUAGGUGGCUACUACAAAGACAUCGUCCGGAUGUGAACCGCAGCUCGUGUUCAUUGCCGCUGCACAUAGCCUGUUUGAAAGGUUACGAAGAAUGCGUAGAGCUGCUGCUGAAACACGGUGCCCGAAUAGAUACGGAGGCGAGGAUGUGCUUUCCCGGUGCCCACUCGCACAACUGCGAGGAGAGUGGGAAGUAUAAAAACCAAGGCGACGAUGUAGGUGUGUGCGAGCGGCCAAACACAAAGCUCCAGAACGCCGUCUGCUACGCGAUCGAUGGCGAUCAAAUUAACGUGCUGAACAUCUUGGCCCAAAAGCUGGAAGAACCGUGGAUGCCAUUCCGGGUGCGCAAACCGUUGCUGCACAUUGCCUGCGAGCGUGGCGCGUGGAAGUGUGUGCAGCAUCUCGUGCAAACGCGCUCGGAUGAGAUCAACCUGAUCAAGGACGAGUACUACCCGAUCCAUCAGGCGGUGCUGCACGACGGACGCUUUCUGGAGCUGUUAAUACAGCACGGUGCCAUCACGACGGUGCGAACCUGCACCCAGCAAAUGACGCUACUGCAUGUUGUGAUAUUGGCAGCGAGAAAGUCAGCGGAAGAUACGCUCAAUACAAUCCGCAUACUGCUGGAGCGAGGAUGCAAGGAGCUUAUCAACAGUCCCGAUUCCUUAGGCAAUACGCCACUGCAUGCUAUCAUCGUUCGGUACGCCCUAGAGGAGGCUAGGUAUGGAUACGACAAGUGGAACAAGUGGGACGUGUUGCAUCUGGUGCGCUUUCUGCUUCAGAACGGUGCUAAGAGUUCAAUCAAUCAAACCGGCAACAGUGCGCUGGCAUGCGUCUUUCGUCACAUUCGCGAUUGGGAGGUGUGCUACGAGCUGCUAAACAUGCUUAUCAAGGAAGGAGGUGACCCGAACAUUGUUGGCCGGGAUGGAUCCGUUCCUAUUAUGGUUUGCUUGGUGCCGCUCAUCAACAAGGACCCCUUGCACCAUUUCACCCAUUCGAUGAAGGUCUGCUACUUGAACUGCAUUCGAAUACUGCUGCAAAACGGGGCCAAUCCGAACUGCUCCUACCGUUCGAACCUGACCCCGCUCCACGUGCUCAUCUUUACCGUCUCGGAGAACUUCACGCUCAACUGUGAUAUCCAGAAGCGCGCCAACUUUGAUUUCAUCAAAAACAUUCUGCUGCUACUGCUGCAGUACGGGCUCGACUGUAACAUUACCUCCCAGCACAUACUGCAGUCCGUGAUCGACAUGAUCGUGAACGUGCGCACCUGCCCGGACAUACUGUGCGUGUACGAGCUGCUGCUGCUGCUGAUCCAGUACGGCACCGAUCCGAACGUUUCGCUCAGCAACAAGCUGAUGGCGAACGGGGCGAGCAGCAGCAACUCUUCGAUCAUCUUCGUAAACGAUUUCAUCAACUUUGGCGGAGGUAUUCGCGGUGCGGCACCGGCUGUUGCAGACCCGUCCACGGCCAGUGGUUCGGGAAGUAGUGGUGCCGGUGGUGGUGGUGGUGGUGGUGGUGCUACCAACGGUGUCUCGGGUGGCGCUGCUGGCAGCAGCGGAAGUGGUUCUUCAGUAGCAAACGGCCCAGGUGGUCCCGGAUCGGGGGGUGGUGCAGGCACGUCCAAUGGGAACGAAAAUUUGCGCAGCUCGUUCCGGAACAAUGCACGCAACUAUCUGCUCUUCUACUACAUCAUGCUGAUCACGCGCAAGGAGUUUAUAUUGCUCGAUCGCGAACAGACGUACCAACGCAUCAUCUAUCUGUUUUACUACUCGAUGAAGCACGAGCCGCUGUUUAACUGUUUGAAAACGUUGCACAAUCUGCUCAUCGCCCAGGUACCGCACCGGUCGAUCGAUAAUCUGCGCCACCUGAUCAUUACGCUGUACAAAAAGCCACGCAGCCUGAAGCAGCUGUGCCGCGUGUGCAUCUACAACAGCCUGGACAAGCGGCUGGCACCGAGCAUAAACCGGCUGAAUUUGCCGGGCCCGCUGAAGGAGUACGUGAUGAACUUUGAUAAGUAGGAGAUUGCGUGGAGAGCGCGUAUCCUUUUUCGAGAUGAUCUCUAUCGUAUAGGUGCUGCGAUAUGCUGUAGACGUUUGUUGUGUUUAUAUUGUUAUUGUGCCGCCGCCGCCGCCGCAAGAACCGUUCGAGCUGGCAGGUAAACGAAAGACGGUCCCACGGUGGCACGGUCCACCUCUGCAAACGAUAGGCGUGUAUCUCGUUCUUGUAUUUCUCUCUAAUUUUUGCUUUUUUUUUUGGUUUAAAAUAGUCGAUUAAACGAAAUCUCCAUCUAACUGUUCUUUUAAUCAUAUUUCUAUGCCUCUUGAUCUGAAAUUAUCAUUUUAAUCUUUCCUUCGAAUGUAGUUAUGACAAAAAAACAAAACUGAACGCACGUUUGCGGGAGCAAAAACGUCCUCCCUAUGCAUGACUAGAGUCGAUGUGUCCUAAGCUAAACGCCCCCUAAACGAACAAUCGUAAACGUAAAGCUGUAAGGUUCGCACUGAGCUGAAUUAUGAAACAAACUGUGUAUGUAAAAUGUGUUUCGUGUGUGUGUGUAUAAUGUACAUAUGUUGUAGCAGUUUACUGAGAAUCCGAUUUUUAUAGGUAGCCAGAGAUAGAUAAACCGGAAGGGCGCUUGAGGCGAGACGGGCGAGAAAAACAAACGAGAAAACUCAGUAUGCAUUAGAUAUGGAAUACGAAAUUAUCAUCAUCCUGCGUAACACGCGCGCAUCAACCAA